AUGGCCCACGCUGGCAGCUGUGCAUUUGACGAUUGCAUCUGGUACUCCGACUUUGUGACGAUUCCUGGAGAGCCACUGGUGAACAAGGAGGCACAUCGCACCUUCAACGUGAAGACGCAGUCAGGAGACAGCGACUGGUCGCGCAAGAACCCUUGGCGCGCACCGGGAACAGCCCCCAUCUUCGGAUCUGGUUGUGGCGUCUACGGCGGUCGUCAGGAGUUCGUGAUCGACUCCUCCGGCAACCUGUUGGGCGUCCACCUUGCCGGCAAGGACGGCGCAAACCUGCCCGCCAAGGAGCCGACGGUGUGGCCACAAGGCUCAGUCCAGGAGGUGGCCUGGGCCAUCACGGCCAACCACGGGGGAGGCUACUCCUACCGGCUCUGCCCCAAAACUAGCAACAUUACUGAGGAGUGCUUCCAGCAGCAUGUGCUGCGCUUCCAUGGCGACAAGCAGUGGCUGGUCUACGGCAACAUGACGCAGAUGGGCGAUCCCAUCGGCAGCUUCCUGCCGCGAAUCGAGCUGCCGCUGGUUCGAGUGACGGAAGGUACAUACCCAGCAGGCAGCGAGUGGGCGAGGAAUCCCAUUCCAAGCUGCGAGAUGUUUAGCCAGGCAGAGUGUGCCGGCCUGCCACAACAGGAGUUUAUUACCUGCGCUCAAGCCGCCUCGGGCUACGAUGUUGUGCAGUGCCCUCCCGGCAUGGUCCAAUUUCCGGAGCCCUUGCCAGGCCUGAGUGGACAUGUGCCUUUCUGGCGCAGCAGCCUCGACAAGGACACGCCCCAGUGGUCCAACAGCGUGGCCUCCUCGAAGAACGCAGGUGACCCCCCCAUUUCUCGAGGCUUUCCUUUCUCUAUUGCUGAUCUCGUGCACAUCCCUCAGGAUCUUCCGGAGGGCCAGUAUCUGCUGUCGUGGCGAUGGGAUUGCGAGCAAUCUUCGCAAGUUUGGCAGAACUGCGCCGACAUCAGGAUUGUGAAUGCCGUGAAUGGCACAACUCCAACAGCCAACUUGCAAGAAGAGCGGGAGUCGUCGACUGCCACGGUCUCCGCUCGCGUGCCCCUGUUCCUGAUGCCCUGCCUCCUUUGCAUGGGUGCCUUUAAGGCCUUCCUUGAGAUCUGGUAG